UGCGAAAGGCGAAGGCGUUGUUCGCCAUCUUGGUUUUAAAGUUUUGGACCGGAAUUGCCUUACACUCCGGUAGAAAGUGAACUUUUUGUUCUUUUGGAAUCUUCUUUUGUCGUAUUAACAGCAGCUAUGUCUGUGAGGAGACAGAUUAAGAAUGUUGUCAAUAAUUAUUCAAAUUCCGAGGUGAAAGUACGCGAGGCAACAUCGAACGAUCCAUGGGGCCCAUCAAGCUCAUUGAUGUCAGAAAUUGCAGAUGCUACUUAUAACGUCGUUGCAUUUUCAGAGAUCAUGGCUAUGAUAUGGAAACGGCUAAACGAUCAUGGAAAAAAUUGGCGGCAUGUUUACAAAGCACUUGUUUUACUUGAUUAUAUUAUCAAGACUGGCUCGGAAAGAGUUGCUCAACAGUGCCGGGAAAACAUUUUUGUGAUUCAGACGCUGAAAGAUUUUCAGUUCAUUGAUAAAGAUGGCAAAGACCAGGGAAUGAAUGUACGGGAAAAAGCAAAGCAGUUAGUUGCCUUGCUUAAAGAUGAAGAGCGAUUGAAAAACGAGCGACAACGUGCUUUGAAAGCCAAAGAGAGAUUUGCUCAAGCUAGCGGCGGCAUUGGUAGUGAUUCAGUAAGAGGUGGAAGGUUGAAGAACGAGUCGGGAGGAAGUUUAAGCGACAUUCGCCAGACUGCUUUACCCGAUUCUUCGCUUCCUACAAGUCGUUCAUGGGAACCAGAGAGAAAAAACACGACAAGUGACCUUGAAAAUUGCAGACCUGCAAAUGCCAACGAAGAGGAAUUACAGUUACAGCUCGCUUUGGCGUUAAGUAAACAAGAAGCUGAUGAACAUAAGCAUUUGGAUGAAAGCGAUAAUGAGAGACUUAAAAUGGCCAUUUCACAAAGUAAAUCAGACACAAGUACAUCGUUGUUCGAUAGCAGUCCUGCAAUGGUUGCUGCUGGAGGUCCAACUGCAGAUCCCUGGGGAACACCACAGCCUAUGCAAGUAAGUGAUCCGUGGGGAUCCAGUAGUGCACCAGUAUCACAACAAUCUUCUAACCUAUGGGAAACCCCACCAGUGCCAUCUGCUGAUCCUUGGGGUGGCUCUAGUACUACAACCCAAGUAUCUUCAGCUGCAUUUGUAUCAUCUGCCCCUUCUGAUCCGUGGGGUGCACCAUCGCAACCACCUCCUCCAGCAGACCCAUGGGGUGCMCCMACCCAACCGCARCCUCAACCUCAGGCACAAAACCCAUGGUCAUCCACUAAUGGUCAGUCUGUAAGCGCUGGAUUCGAUCCUUUUAGUCARCCGGUACCMAUUGAUGCUCAGAGUAGUAGCUAUAGCACUACUGCCAAUGACCCAUUUAGUAUGACCGGCGUUACAACAAGUCUACCGACAAAUCAAGAAAAGAAACCAGAUGAUUUCUUGGGUGGCGAGUUGCCCAAGAACCUAGUAGACCUGGAUCUACUUGCAUCAAAACCAAAUCCAACUCCCAACCCCUUUGUUGCACAAACUGAACAGAGCAAAACAAAUAACCCAUUUUUGGCAGAUAGACCGCAACAACCAACAUUAAAUCAGCUGCGACAGCAAAAUAUGGCUCCUCCUAUGGCAAGUGGUGGAGGUGGUGCAACAUUCGGAGGCGAUAAUAUAUUAUUACCAGCACCACUGUUACCUAACAGUUCAUCGGGAACACAGGCAAAUAAUACUAAUAACCCAUUUAUGUGAUGACGGGGGAAUAAUCGAUAGCUCUGCUGUUUGACUACAAGUAAAGGAGGAAAGCGAGACAGUUCCCAAACAAGCYCUUAAAAUGYGRRUCUGAGCCUUCUCAAGGACUUCAAAGACACAAGAAUGUUAAGCAGAUAAUUUCCAUACUUUGUAGACAAACUCAUUGAAAACAAACUAACAUAAAAUACAGUAACAACAACAAAGAUUACAAUGUUUAACAAAACAACAACUUCCACUUGGAGGCUAAACUUGUUUUUGACAAUGAUAACCUUGACUGGGCAAGUGAACUGUGUGCAAAAUCAAUCGAAGCUGCUCCUUCAUUACAGGGCAAACAAUCAUGAYGGAUAGGUAGGCGAAGCGGGCUUCAAGUUUGACCAGCCAAAGCCUUGAAUAGACUGACUGCAAAUAUGGCUUUUACAUUAGUGUAUACAAUAAUAACAGUAUUAAAUUCAAUAAGGAGUAUGAGUUUGAGGUCAAAUAGCUAAAUUUGUGAGUAUGAGAAACUCCCUUUUAUAAUCUUAUGAAUAACUUUACAAAUAAUGGAUGUUUGGAGUGAAACUUUCAAAAUGCAUAGCUUUUUGGGGCCCCUUCAGAGCCCAUCAGCAGCCAUAUUGCCAUAGGAUUCAUAGCUUCUCAUAACAAAGGUUGAAGCUAAUUUCCUUCUUAACUGCAAGAAUUAAGAAAGAAAAUUGAACUAUUUGUGGCUUGAGAAGAGGUGAUUUAAAUAAUGUAAAGAUGACUGCAUGAGUGUUUCUGGUAAAACUGGUGGUAAAGUGAUGAAUUAUAUAUUGUA